GAGUGCGUUCCUUCCCCCCCCCCUCUACGAGCGUUUUGACGGUUAACGGUUGCGGCGCCGCUGUCGCUCUUCUUUCCCUCACAGAAGCUCCGCCGCGGCGCCGCCACUUUCUGCCGGCCUUCGCGGGAGGAGGACGGUUAUGCUCCGCCAGCCUGCCGCCGCGUCCUCGGAGCGCCGCACGGCGGGGUGAGGAGAACAACCUUGCAGUUCCUCAAAUUUAUGUAUGAGGAUUUUCAUCCCGAUAUAGGAUGCGUAGUCUGAAGCUGAGUAAAACAAUUACAGGUGGAGAAGGUGGAGGGGAAGUCUGAGUCGCCUGCGCCCAGGCUGGGAGCGACGGCACUACUACGGGAUUGAAAAUGUGCCAACAACAAUGCUAGGAUUACAAUGGGAAGUGUCACACUUCGCUAUUUCUGCUAUGGCUGUCUGUUCACAUCUGUGACCUGGACGCUUCUGCUUUUUAUUUAUUUCAAUUUCAGUGAAGAGACUCAGUCUUUCAAGAAUGUGCCCAUCAAGGGGCUUGAACCUCAGAAGCCAUUUCCAAAAAGAAUUUAUCCUCGGUUUGUUCAUGGAGCAGUACAUGCGCUAGAACCUCAACGCAGGUAUGGCAAGAAUCCAUUGGAAAAUGAGAUACAAGAUCCUGUUAAAGAUGACUCUGAGCUUUCUCCUGAAAUGGGUAUGAUUUUUAAUGAACAAGACCAGGAAGUGAGAGAUUUGGGCUAUCAGAAGCAUGCUUUCAAUAUGCUUAUCAGUAACCGGUUGGGAUAUCAUAGAGAUGUGCCAGACACAAGGAAUGCGAAGUGUAAGGAAAAAAACUACCCUCAUGAUUUGCCCCAUGCUAGCAUAAUAAUUUGUUUCUAUAAUGAAGCAUUUUCUGCCUUGCUUCGGACAGUACAUAGUGUUCUAGACCGCACACCAGCACAUCUUCUCCAUGAAAUUAUCUUGGUGGAUGACAACAGUGAAUUAGCUGAUCUGAAAGAAGAACUGGCUGUUUACCUAACAAAAAAUCUUCCAAGCAAUGUAAAACUGGUUAGAAAUGGGAGGCGAGAAGGGCUUAUUCGUGGGAGAAUGAUUGGAGCUUCCCAUGCUACAGGGAAGGUGCUUGUGUUUCUGGACAGCCAUUGUGAGGUGAAUGAGAUGUGGCUGCAACCAUUGCUGGCACCCAUUAAAGAAUCACGCAAAACAGUGGUUUGUCCUGUCAUUGAUAUAAUCAGCGCUGACACUCUUACCUACAGCUCUUCCCCAGUUGUCCGUGGAGGAUUCAAUUGGGGCCUGCACUUUAAAUGGGAUCUUGUUCCCGUGUCAGAACUGGAAGGCCCUGAAGGGCCCACUUCUCCCAUCAGGUCACCUACUAUGGCAGGUGGCUUAUUUGCUAUGGACAGAGAAUAUUUCAGUGAACUUGGACAAUAUGAUAGUGGCAUGGACAUCUGGGGAGGAGAAAACCUGGAAAUAUCAUUUCGGAUCUGGAUGUGUGGGGGCAAGCUUUUCAUCAUCCCAUGCUCUAGAGUAGGACACAUCUUCCGUAAAAGGCGUCCUUAUGGCUCACCAGGCGGACAGGACACCAUGGCACAUAACUCUCUGCGGCUAGCACAUGUGUGGAUGGAUGAAUAUAAGGAACAAUAUUUUGCUCUACGACCAGAACUGAGGACAAGGAAUUAUGGAAACAUAACUGAGCGUAUUGAGUUGAGAAAAAAAUUGAACUGCAAAUCAUUUAAGUGGUACUUGGACAAUAUAUACCCAGAGAUGCAGAUUUCCGGGCCCAAUGCCAAGGGGCAACCACCCGUCUUUUUCAACAAAGGGCAGAAACGACCAAAAACUCUGCAGCGUGGAAGGUUGCAUCACCUUCAGAGCAAUAAAUGUCUGGUUGCCCAAAGCAGCCCAAGUCAGAAAGGAGGACUUGUUGUGGUUAGAGAGUGUGACUACAGUGAUCAAAAUCAGGUGUGGCUUUACAAUGAAGACCAUGAAUUGAUCCUAAACAACCUUCUGUGCUUGGAUAUGUCUGAAACUCGCACUUCUGAUCCCCCACGUCUGAUGAAAUGCCAUGGAUCGGGAGGAUCUCAGCAAUGGGUGUUGGGGAAAAACAAUCGUCUCUAUCAAGUGUCUGUUGGGCAGUGCAUGAAGGUGGUUGACCCACUUAGCCUCAAAGGAUAUGUGACCAUGGCAAUUUGUGAUGGCUCCCUCCCUCAGCAGUGGCGUUUGGAGAGCUGAGUAACCGUGAAGGCCCAUUUCCUCCAUCGCCCUUAGUGGGGCUGAACCCACAGGACCUGUAACACGAGCUGCUGUUUGUGAGACAGAGCGUGCAAGGGAAAUCCAACUUAGAAAGCUGUUGAUGGACCGUGGUAUGCAGAAAGGACAGAAGCUGUGGCAGUCACGUUUUGGUUUCUCCGAAUACGUAGAAGUGCAAUUACAUUCCUUGGAAUUCUCUGCAUCUGGAAACACUUCCCAAAUUAAUUAGAACAUUGCAAUAGAAUGAAGAAAUUUAACUAAGUGGAUAUUUUUCAGUUGCCAGAAGAAUACUGUAGCCUGUUCUACCUUUAUUUUUGUGGACAAGGGUACUACACUUUUUCAUUUGGAUGAAUAUCUGAAUUAUUGUAAGUAUUCUGGAAAAUAUAUAUAUAUAUAUCCUGGCCAUGGGCAUAUUUAAUGUUAGUCCAUUUGUUUUAACAUACCGGUUCAAGUUUUAUCACUGAUUUUUGAUCCAGUAUUUAAGAGUAAUUGCAGAUUUGAUUUUGGUAACGCUGGCCAGUAUCCAGUGGGCGACGAAUGGAUAUUUCCUUACGCAGCAAGAUUUUGCUGUCUCCCUUGUUCCCCAGUUGUGCACUCCCAUUUCCUCCAAUCAUCUCCUGCAGGUCAGGGAACCCUUAAAAAGGCCUAGGAAUUUGCAAGUUGACUGCAGCAGACAUGAAUCAUUGCUAGAAUUGGGCAGGAGGCCUACCUUGUAAAAGUAGAAGUGCCUUUCUUUUCCCACAAGGCACCUUUGGUUGCUGCCUGUGAAAUUAGCAUUACAUUUACAGUUUUUGUUAGUGUAGUCUGUUCUCAGUUGCGAAGAGUGCAGCAGAAACUGAUGUAUGCUACAGAUGCUUAAAAUGAUUAUGAAGAUUAGUAUGUGUGCUCAUGUGUAUAAAUAAAUGUGAGAAAUUUGAAUCUUUUGGACUGAAAGCAUUCACUGAAUGACAUUCAUUGUAAAAUUAGUUUUGAAUUUGUGUUACAUGACCUAUGUGAAGAAAGGAUAUCACAGCUGGGUGGUGCAUGCAUCUUUAUUAACCAGUUGAAAGAAACUUUAUCUUGGUAAUAAAAACAGGUAUUCCUUGUAGCUUUGGGAAUCACCUAUAUGAAGAA